CUUUUUUUGCUUUUAGUUUCCAAUUCGAACUUUUGAGUUACUCCAAAAUUCCAGUAAAAUCAAGCACCAAAAAAUGUCGAAAGGUAAUCAGCCAAACUUCAGCAAGACCUGGGAUCUCGGAAAGUGGAACUCGCGGGACAUUAAGCACUACAGCUCCAUAUCACGCAUCCAAAAGCAGCUUCGCAUUGGCAACUGGGAAUAUCUCUGCCAACAUCCGGAGAUUCGUGCUAUAAUACGGGUAAUCCUGCACCAGGCUCUCAAUGCAAAGCCAAAACCAGAAAAUCUCCGAAAGUUUGUGGCCGAAUUAUUCAACUGCGGAAGGAACCCGUUGCUGGUGCCUAUGAUAAACACCCAGUUGAAGUACGUUAAGGAUCAGCUGCAACGGGGCCGCUGGAGUCAGUUUGAUGCUGAGAUGCUCUUCAUGGAGAGUCCUUCGACACACUCGCUGCUCUCAACGGCCUCCGAGGACGGCAAUGUCCAUCCCGUCCUUACGUAUGCCCUUGUGUUUAAGAAACCCGACGAGUGUGGCAUCGAUAAGCCCCCAUUCUAGAGACCCCAAUAUGUGUGAGUCCUAUCAUAAUUUGGUAACGUGAGCCGAGUCAGUUGAGCAUAUAUGUAUAAAUUUGUGUAGGAUUAUAUAGAAAACAGAAUUAGGAACCAUAAUAUAAUAAAAUUACCAUAUCAAUUUAAUACAAAAUUUAAUACAAAA